CCCGCGCUGGCUUUGUACGCGGAGCCGCCUGCCGGUCCUUUAACAAUGGGCGGCGCGAGCGCCCAGGCGCUGGGCCUGAGCUGAGGCCAGCGCUUCACGGGCGACUGUCUGCAGCAUGAGCGGGGCCGGGAUACCCCUCAUGCUCGCGGGGCUGGGGCUGUGAGGGCCGCGGUUCUGGACUGAAGUUGCCUCGUCUGGCCAGGCGCGCCGCCGGGUCUCAUGGAGCUGGAGGGGCAGUGGUGGCGGGGACAGCUGGCUGCAGAUAUUCAUCAGGCCCUUCGGUACAAGGAGCUGAAGUUGCCGUCCUACAAAGGCCAGUCCCCUCAGCUAAGUCUCAGAAGAUAUUUUGCUGACUUGAUUGCCAUUGUGAGCAAUCGCUUCACACUCUGCCCUUCUGCCCGACAUCUUGCAGUCUAUUUGCUGGACUUGUUUAUGGAUCGGUAUGACAUCUCUAUCCAGCAGUUGCAUUUAGUUGCACUUUCCUGUCUGCUUCUAGCAAGUAAAUUCGAAGAAAAAGAAGAUAGUGUGCCUAAGCUAGAGCAGCUCAACAGCCUGGGUUGUAUGACUAAUAUGAAUCUAGUUUUAACAAAACAAAAUUUGCUACAUAUGGAACUGUUAUUAUUAGAAACCUUUCAAUGGAACCUCUGCCUUCCAACAGCCGCCCAUUUCAUCGAGUAUUAUCUCUCUGAAGCAGUACAUGAAACAGAUCUUCAUGAUGGCUGGCCAAUGAUUUGCUUGGAAAAAACUAAACUCUACAUGGCCAAGUAUGCAGAUUAUUUCUUGGAAGUAUCUUUGCAAGAUUAUGCCUUUCUAAAUUAUGCACCUUCUUUAGUAGCUGCUGCAUGUGUGGCUUCUUCAAGGAUUAUACUUCGUCUUUCUCCUACGUGGCCUACAAGACUGCAUCGUCUUACUGCUUACUCCUGGGAUUUCUUAGUGCAGUGCAUUGAACGGCUAUUGAUCGCUCAUGAUAAUGAUGUGAAAGAAGCAAACAAACAAAGAGGACAAGCAGUACCUCAACCAGCUCAACUAAGUGUGUUCCAGACAACCUCCCAGCCCUCUCGGCCAGUUCACUUUCAGCAACCUCAGUAUCUCCAUCAGACACAUCAGACUUCACUACAGUAUCGCCAUCCUGUAUCAGAACAACCAAGCUGCCAGCAGAUCGUAUCUACCACACACACCUCAUCUUACACACUACAGACAUGUCCUGCUGGCUUCCAAACCAGUGUUCAGGGCCUGGGGCACGUGCAGACCGGUGUUGGGAUGUCACUGGCAAUACCAGUAGAAGUUAAGCCCUGUCUGAAUGUUUCUUAUAACCGGAGUUAUCAGAUAAAUGAACAUUACCCUUGCAUUACUCCAUGUUUUGAAAGGUGAUUUUAUGUGAAGGUUAACACCUGAUCCAGACUUUCGUGACUUGAAGCUCUGGGACAAGCUUUUUGUAAACUCCUCUAAAGGAAUUCAAAUUGCAUCAGAACUUUUCAGAUAGCAGCACCAGGAAAACUGACUCACUUUGAAUGCACCAUAAAUACCUGGGAGAACUAAGCAAAAACUUUUAACAGUAUGUAUGUCAAAUUCUGUUAAAGCCCUAUGUGACAGAAAUUUCAGACCCUGGCUUAUGGUCCAAAUAUUUCAAAAAUAUUCAAUACAACAGAAAAUUUGGACAGAUUCCAUCCAUUUUGCAGUUCUGAAAUUUGACCUGUGGUUAGGCUCUGGGCUUAAUGUUGGUUUGUAUGUCAGAAAUUAAUGUUUGUCUGUGGACUUGCCAAACAGUCUUUUUAUGAAGGAAACAUACAGUAUUAAUUUUUGAAGAGUUCCUUUUCUCUUUAUUCUGUAGGUUUGAGUUAUAUUCUAAUCCACAAAUGAAUUUUUGACUAAAUUUAAAGUCAUGAGUCACUAUGCUAUACUGAUCUGUGCAGUAAAAAAAAAAUUAUGUGAUUCUGUAUAACUUCCUGUCACAGAGUAUAUAGGUACCUGGAUUUAUGUACUGAAAUUAAGGACGGAGUAGAUCUCUUAAAAUCAUGGCCAUAAAUUUUUGUUGUUUUUUCCCUAAGUGAUCAACCUCAAAUCUUUAGAAUUAAAACACAUUUAACUCAGGGAAUUUGUACUACUUGGAAACACGUAACUGUAAUGCAACAUGUUUUGGGAAUGUUAUAGUAUGAACUACCUUUAUAACAUAGAUUAAAUACUCCUGCUAGGAUGUAUUUUCAAAUGAGAACAUAAUUGUAGCUUAGAGUGACUGAAAUGGUGGUGUCUAUCAUUCAUAAUACAUAUAUAGGUUUUGCAUUUCUCAGUGCAAUCAUUGAUUUAUACUCAGAUUUUAUUUUACCCUAAAAAGUUUUUCAAGGGAAGGCAUAACUGUAAAAUGUCAGUACUAGAAUUAAGUCCUGUAGGUUUAUUUUUUAAGUGGAAUGUGGCCAGGGUAGUUCUCAGGUUGUGCUAGAAUAGCACCUUGUUACAUGGAAGACAGGUUUUAUAGGCAACCUUUGUAUUCAGCUAGUCGGUAUAAGCAGGCAGAGGUAUUGAUUACUAAAUUGCAGUAACUAUUUUCAGUAGAUUGGCCCCAGAAACUGCCCUGGGACUUUUCACUGUACUGGUAAUGAGUGGAAACAGCAAUAAUAAGUCAUUAUGGCAAGGGCAAUUUGGGGGUAAAGAGUUUGGAGGGAGUAAACUUAAAAAGUGGAAAGAAAAAAAAUCAUGUAAUAACUGAAUUUAUAUUAUACAUUGUGCUCUUAUCUGUGGAAGAACAGAGUUUGGUGUAGGGAAGCUUUCUGAUUUAAAAAUUAGUAAAGUGUGUCUUUUUUUGUAUUUUUUCUUAAGAUAGCACUUGAAUAGAAGGGAAACUGCAUGGCAGGUGCGUGACUGCCGCAGUAUGCAUUGAAGACAAACUUAUUAUAAAAGAUGUGGGUAUGCAGCAGGAGUCUCAGUAAUUAAGCCAAAUGGCUUCUGGUAGGAAGGGAAGGGACUCAAAAACUGAUCCAGAUGGCUCCAGUGGUAAGUGUGGGUGGGCUUCUGCCAGAGUGAAUUCUUAGAGAAUGUCCUUUCCUUAAAACAAAGGUAACUUUUAUAAUUAGAGUACAUAGGGCAUGAUGUGGAUUUGUUAGCCUGGUAGAUAAAAAUUUCAAAACCACUCAGGUAAGAACAUUCACAUGGCAGUUUUCAAGCAUGAAAAUUGUUUUAUGGAAGUAUCAUCAUUUUUCCUCUUUAUAGAAGGCUGCUAAUUGGAUUUUGGUAGUUCUUACCUCAAGAGAACUUGAAUUAUUUGGGGGAAAGUGGGUUCAAAAGAAUCUAUCUUUCAUAUUCACAUUCAGAACCCAGCAACCUGGAGUGUAAUUUUCAGUAUUUUAACUACCUCAAUAAUACUAUGAAUGUAAGAGACUGGGAUGGAGAUCCCAACUUGAAACAACAAUUGGUGCCUAUGGUAAUUUAAUGUAUUGUCAAAUGCUUUUAUUGAUUGGUUUAAAUGUCAUUCUUGUUAUAGAAUAUGCCUUUUUAAAAAGCUUAUAAUAACACUUUCCCAGUUUGUAUUUAAAAAAAGCUAAAGAACACUGGAUUAAUUUUUGGGGGGCAGAAUAAAAUAAUUGGUUACUAUUGCUGCAUACCCAGGGUGGGAUGGGAUGGGGUGUUUGGAGAACCAGAACUAUUUUUUAAACAUUAGGUUUCUGUAUAAAUACAACUCACAACUGCUAGCUGUGGGGGAUGCGGGUGGGGGGAGUUAAUGCGGGUUUCAUUUUGUUUAAUUUAUUGAUUAGUCUUUAAAGUAGGUCUUUUUUUUUCCUGAGAUUACCGGACCAUCAUUAAAUGUGUACUGUGAAGAGAUUAAUGAUAUGUAUAAAGGGCUUUACCAAAGUCCAUUAAAUACACACUACUAAAAUACAGAUUGCAAACCAAAAUGUAUCUGUCAUGACAUUAAUUGCAAAUGGCAAGUAUGGUGCUAAAGUCUACACCAAUGGAAUUAGAUGAGUGCUAUGCACUUAAUUUUAAAAUAAAACUAGUUUUCAGUAAAA